ACCUUGAGACUUGGUCCCUGGAUCUGUAAUUUUUCCCUCGCCAAACUACACGCAAGUAGCACAAUCGUAGCCAUCGCCUCAACCUUACCUCGGACCUCAGCAGCCAUCGCUCGACCUAAGUGCAGCGUCUGUAGCGUCCUCCCGAAGAGUCCGCUAAAGUCCGUUUGUUACUUCCGACAUCGCCCGCUGCGAAAUUCGCCGUAGCUGUACCGAUGGAGCAGCUACCGUCAGUAGACGAGCUUAAGAUUCUAGCUCUCGAGUACCUUUCAAAGGCCGAGACCUCUCUCUGGAAGGUGCUACCGCCUGUCGUGCAAGAGUCUCCCGUAUUCCUCGAUAUAAGCCGAGCCCUUAAUGUUCGCGUCGAGACAGCUCUGUUGCUGUCGACGAUCGGCGUCCUACUGGCCUCUCUUAUAUUCCUCCUCGCCGUGCGGUUGGCGUUCGCGGGCCCUCGCUUCAACACCAUUGUGCUGCUGGGCCUGUGCGGAGCCGGCAAGACGUCCCUCUGGUACAAGCUGCGGGAUGGAUCAACGCACGGCGGCACAGUGACGUCCAUGGCGGUCAACGACGACAAAUUCCCCCUGCACGCCGAACUGAGCAAGAACCCCAGGGCGCGGCCAGUGCAUCUGGUGGACGCACCCGGCCACCCCCGCCUGCGCUCCCUGGCGGGCCCCUUCCUGUCGCGCGCGUGUGGCAUUGUGUUCGUGGUGGACGCCCUGGACUUCACUCUCAACAUCCGACCCAAUGCAGAGUUUCUGUACGAGCUGCUGUCGUCUGCUGCGGUGCAACGAAGGCGGGUGCCAGUGCUGCUGGCGUGUAACAAGAUGGAGAAGGUGACAGCUCACUCUGUGGAGUUCAUCAGGAAGCAACUUGAAAAGGAAAUAGAGAAGCUGCGGUCGUCCCGCCACUCCAUGGCAUCGGUCGGCUCCAGCAAGGACGGGGCCUCUCAGGGGCUUGCUCUCAAGGGCAGUGGCGGCACCUUCCGGUUCGCUGACUGCGUCAACCCUGUGUCGUUUGCAGAGUGCUCUGUAGCGAGUGAUAAUCUAAAUGGUGUCGAGUCAUUUAUUCGUGACCUUGUCAGGCCUUGAUGAAUGUGCACUGGACUUCAGUGCCAGUGUGUAUUUGGCUGUGACUGCCAGUCAGUGGCAGCUGCCAAUAGGUGCUUCUGCCAUCAAUAGUAGCUAUCCGUGGUCACCUAAUCUCACUUAAAAUGACUGUACGAUAAUGCAUGGCGACCUUAACAUGACUCAAUGUGUGGAAGACAAGCAAG